AUGGCAUUGACGCGCCUACUGGCUAUUUCAGCGUCAGUCGCUACAUGCAGUGCGCUCACGAUUGCGCAAAUCAACGGCGCAAAGUUCCUGUCGCCGUACAAAGACCAGACAGUAUCGAACGUGACUGGCAUCAUCACAGCAAAAGGGCCCGAUGGCCUCUGGCUGCGGUCGACAACACCCGACAGCGACGAGCGGACCUCAGAGUCGUUAUACGUGUUUGGACGGACAUUUGGCGCCAAUCUGACCGUGGGCGAUACCAUUGUUGUAGGAGGCAAGGUGGUCGAGUUCCGGUCCAACAAAGACUACAUUCCUUUGACGGAGCUGUCGGCGCCGGUGCUGGAGAAGAAGCUGGGUUCCGGAGCGCAGGUGCGGGCGCUGGUCAUCGGACAGGAUACGCUGAGCCCGCCAACGGAGCAGUACAGCAGUCUGGACGGCGGCGACGUCUUCGCUGUGCCCAACAACGUCAGCCAGAUUAGUGUGGCGAAUCCCGAGCUGCAGCCCAAGAAGUUUGGCCUUGACUUUUGGGAGAGCUUGGUGGGCGAGCUGGUCACAGUCAAGAAGCCGACUGCGCUUACCAAGCCGAACCAGUUCGGCGACACUUGGGUGGCGGGCGACUGGCAGGUUUCCGGGCGCAACGGCCGCGGUGGAUUGACCAUGACGGACAAGGACGCAAAUCCAGAGGCCAUUGUCAUUGGGAGCCCGCUGGAUGGAACCAAGAACCCCACCGGCACCAAGAUGGGCGACUCGGUGGAUGAAAUCACUGGCGUCGUUAGCUACGCUUUCGGCUUCUACCGCAUCCUGCCCACCACCGCCAUCAAGGUGACCAAGAGCCCGGCACCUGCGCUGCCGCCUCGCUCCAAACUCGUGUCGAGUGGAAAAUGCGACGGCAUCACCAUGGGCGCGUACAAUGUCGAGAAUCUCGCGCCCAACUCGACACAUCACCCGGAUCUGGCCAACCACAUUGUCAACUACCUGAACAGCCCGGACAUUCUUUUUGUGCAAGAGAUUCAGGAUAACAACGGCCCUGUCAAUGACGAUGUUGUCUCCGCAAACCUCACCUUGACGACGCUGAGUGCCGCCAUCGCAGCAGCCGGAGGCCCCACGUAUGCCUUCACGGACAUUGUGCCGGUGGACGAUCAGGACGGCGGGCAGCCCGGCGGCAACAUCCGUAGUGCGUACCUGUACAAGGCCGAUACUCUGCGCUUGUACAAGCCGAACCCCGGCGGCUCGCUCGAUGCGACAGAGGUGCUUGCUGGGCCUACACUCAAAUACAACCCUGGUCGUAUCAAGCCUGCCAACGCGGCGUGGAGAAAUAGCCGGAAGCCGCUGGUGGCGCAGUGGGAAGUAGUUGGCAAGGCGGAUGCAAAGAAGGCCAAUGUGUUCUUCACGGUAAACGUACACUUUGGAUCAAAGGGCGGAAGCAGCAGUCUCCAUGGCGAUGCACGGCCACCUGUCAACGGGGGGGUUGAUGACCGUCUGGAGCAAUCCCGUGUAACGGCCAAUUUUGUCAAGGCUAUCCUUUCCCAGGACCAGAACGCCCGCAUCGUGACGGCAGGCGACUUUAAUGAGUUUGCCUUUGUGCAGCCCCUGCGCGAGUAUGCCGAUAUUUCGGGCCUCAAGGACCUGGAUGCCGUGGUGCGAACCGACGAGGUUGAGCGGUAUACCUAUCUGUUCGACAUGAAUGCGCAAGAGCUCGACCACAUGUUUGUAUCGCCUGCGCUGGCUAAGAAGAGCAGGGCGAAGUUUGAGCACGUCCACGUCAAUACGUGGCCGGAUUUCAAUUCGCAGGUUAGCGACCACGACCCGUCUGUAGCGCGGCUGGAUGUGUGCGCUUGA